AUGGGUACUCCAUCCUCAUUACCCACAAACCCUAACCCCAACCCCAGUCCGCCAUUACCUCAAUCCCCACCACCACAAACGCCACCAUUACCACAAUCGCCACCACCUCAGUCACCGCCCCCGCCUCCAAGCCAAAUACCACCUCUCAUUCCGCCGACUCCCCUCUCGCCGCAAUCCGAGCCGCCAAAUGAAACACCAAUUACCGACACCCAUUCCCCCGAACCAACGCCUGACCCUGUUCCUACUCAAACGAAGACCCAAGGAAAAACAAAAAGGGCUGCAAGUAAACCUAAGAAAACCCCUGUCGGAAAAAGGAAACGAGUACCCUCAGUCCCCUUCGACUUAAACUCUCCACCUCAGUCCUCUGAACCAGUUAGCAAAAGGACUAGGUCUUCCUCGCAAACCCCAGCACCAGCGGUCCAAACACCAGUAACCCAGUCUCCCUUACAUUCUCCAGCACCUGCGUCAUCUGCAGAUACUAUAGAGGAGGAUUCGGGGUAUAAAAACAUUGAGUGGCAGCAAACUGUUUAUGACCCUGUUCAAUUCUGGAAAUAUAUUGCACCUUUUGGAGGUUAUUAUAGAUAG